GAGUACGCAGGAUACGUCAAGGUGCCGUUCAAGGGCGAGGAGCGAGCCGCCGCCUACUACACCCAGCGCAAGGGCAACGGAUGCUGGGACCACUGGGGCAAGAGCGGCGAGGGUGAGGUAAUGUGCCGGGUGCACUCCGUGGUGCUCUGCAUCUUGGUUGGGUUCGAAGUCUGCUCCCUGAUGAUCGUGUUGGCAUAUCAAGGUGGCUUCAUGGACUUCUUUGCGUUUGACCAUGUUCGCUAUGGCAUGUACAGUGUGGCCAUGCUGAUCAUCAUGGCUGGGGCAUACUUCCUUGAUGAGCAGACUCGGCUUCAGUCCUACGAGCAGGUCAUGUCUUUACAAGACCAGAAUGCAGCACUUGCUGAGAUGAUGCUCCGGUGGAAGGUCCUGCCAGAAGUGGAGAGCGGAAAUCCCGUGCCGCAGGAUCAUUCUCUGGACUCCGGCAGCAUCUCCAGCUGA